CUAUCAUCCCGUUCGCGGGUAAAAUCAAAUUUUGUGAAUUGCGCGCUUUAAAAUUUGGCUUUUAGUUCAUGCUGGUUGUACCUUUGAGUGUAAUCCUAAACUGAAGAAAAUGCCGAACGCCGAAGUGCAAAUGACAAAUGGGCAUUGUGCUGACGUGGAAAACAAGAGAGAAGGUGCAGGUGGAGCAGGAAAACACUUUUCUCUGUUUUGUGACGAGCGUGGUUAUUUGAACCUGGUCGAGUACAUUCUGCAGCAGGGAAGGAGCAAAGGCGACAGAACAGGCACCGGAGUGAUCUCUGUGUUCGGGACACAGGCGAGAUACAGUCUCAGAGAUCAGUUUCCUUUGUUGACGACCAAAAGGGUUUUCUGGAAAGGCAUAUUGGAGGAGCUGCUGUGGUUUAUCAAGGGUUCAACAAAUGCCAAAGAGUUGUCACAAAAGGGCGUGAGAAUCUGGGAUGCUAAUGGCUCCAGGGAGUUUCUGGAUAAAAAUGGCUUUACUGAUCGUGAGGAAGGAGACCUGGGCCCAGUGUAUGGCUUUCAGUGGAGACACUUUGGAGCUGAAUACAAUGACAUGCACACUGAUUACUCUGGGCAAGGCGUUGACCAGUUACAGAAAGUGAUUGACACCAUCAAGUCAAACCCAGAAGACAGGAGGAUCAUCAUGUGUGCUUGGAACCCCAAAGAUCUCCCAUUGAUGGCAUUGCCCCCCUGCCAUGCGUUAUGCCAGUUUUAUGUGUCAGACGGUGAGUUGUCGUGCCAGCUGUACCAGCGCUCUGGUGACAUUGGUCUGGGUGUGCCAUUCAACAUUGCCAGCUACGCACUACUCACCUACAUGAUUGCCCACAUCACUGGACUCAAGCCUGGAGAUUUUGUGCAUACAAUAGGUGAUGCCCACAUCUAUACCAACCACAUCGAGCCUUUGAAAGAGCAGAUUCAGCGAGAGCCACGUCCAUUCCCCAAACUCAAGAUCAAACGCAAAGUUGAACAAAUUAAUGACUUCUCUGCGGAGGAUUUUGAGAUCAUCGACUAUGACCCCCAUCCUUCAAUCAAAAUGCAAAUGGCUGUUUAGAACUUUUUUUUUUUUUUUACACAAAAUGUUAUUAUCUGUUACUAACUAUUAAUUAUUAAAAUCAUUUUGACCAACAUUUGGAUUGAUUUGUCUUCAUUCUAUAUUUAUGCUGACAUCCGAUUGGUUGUAAAUAGAAGACCCGGAGGUUACAAAUACUACAACCGACCAUGAUUUUGCUAUUUGUCCAAUUGUGAUCUAGUUGAUGCAUGAAUGCUGCAUGGUAAUGAUGCAUGGAUCCAAUACUUUUACAAAACAAGCUUUUUCUUUCUUUUGCGUUUACCUGAAUACUUGACUAGAUGGGCAUUUUUACAUAAUGUGUGUCUUAAUUUGCCAUCAGAGAUAAGAGUGCGAGAACACACAGUUGGUAUCGGUACUGAAGAUACUAAAAUGUGCCUUAAUGUUGAAAUUGGUCUGUAAAUUUUAGUCUGGAAAAGUGGCAGUGGCAAGUGGUGUCUUUCUACUUCUAAUAAACUUUUUAUACCUUUAAAA